UCUUCAUCUGUUAUCGCCUGCGUUUACGCUUCCCUUAUUGAUGACGUUGUUGCCGUGACGGGUGAGAAAAUCUCUACCAUCCUGAAGGCCGCCAACGUUGAGGUCCAGCCCUACUGGCCCGGUCUCUUCGCUAAGGCUCUGGAGGGCGUCAACGUGAGGGAUCUGAUCACCAAUAUCGGCUCCGGAGUUGGUGCUGCCCUAGCUGGUGGUGCUGCUGCCCCCGCUGCCGCUGAUGCACCAGCCGCCGAAGCCAAGAAGGAGGAGAAGAAGAAGGAGGAAGAGUCCGAUGUGUCCGACGACGACAUGGGAUUGGGCCUGUUCGAUUAAGCAUCCAAUAUCUGCUUAUGAACCACAUCCAU